AAAAGCUGUAUUUGUUCAGAUGCUUUUGGCCGUAGUCAGAGACGCGGGAAAGAUGUUCCAAUUAGUCCGUUACGGCCGUUGGAAAUCCCAGCUCAAAAACCUGAAGAAAUCUCAAUCAAACCCACUCUUGGCUUUCUACAUCUCCACCACCGCCCCCGCCGCCGUCGCGGCAGCUAACGAUGAGUCGAAUCCGAGUCGACCUUCACCGCCUCCAAUCCGGGUUACGCUCACCGAGUCAUCGGGCAGAGGUGUGUUCGCGACUCGGGCGAUCGGAGCUGGUGAGCUCAUCCACACGGCCAAACCCAUUGUCUCCCACCCUUCUCUGUCUUCAACCACCGGUGUUUGCUAUUUGUGCCUCAGAAGUUUCGGAAACAGAACCACGUCUGAAGCUCGGGGUGUCUCAUUUUGUGGCCAAGAGUGUGCGGAAGAAUCUAAGGUGUUUUACGAAGUUGAGAAGCAAGCUGAUUGGUCAGCCUACAAGGAGUACUGCUGCACUCAGGGUUUGAAGUAUCCACUCCUUGCGAAGAGGUUGGCUUGUAUGGUUAUGUCUGGUUUAGCUAAUGCAGAUAGUCUUGACAUACUUCAACCUGCUGUUUUAUCUCCUGAGAUGAUCUUACAGAUGGAAAAGGAGUUUACACUAUUAAGGAGUGCCUUUGAAGAAGCUUAUGUCACAGAUGAACGGAUGGCAUUUCUCACCAAGCAAUGGUACGUUGGUGUGCUAGCAUGUAUUCAAAUUAAUGCAUUUCGAAUAGAAUUGGCUGGAGGGUUGUAUGACAAUCAAGAUCUUCUUUCAUCAGCGGCAGCAUUGGUAGAGGCUGAAGCUGCUGUCGGAAAUGCUGUUUAUAUGCUUCCAUCAUUCUAUAAUCACGAUUGUGAUCCAAAUGCACACAUUGUUUGGAUAGAAAAUUCAGAUGCAACAGUGAAGGCUCUCCGCGAUAUUGAAGCAGGUGAAGAGCUGCGGAUCUGCUAUAUUGAUGCUAGUAUGGAGCAUGAUGCUCGGCAAACGCUCCUUUCUGAAGGGUUUGGAUUUAGAUGUCAAUGCCUUGGGUGUUUGUUGGGUGAUUGAAGAGCUAUAUCAUCCUUAUAAUCUGCACGGGUUGAAAGGUUUCCUUUCUCUGUCAGCUUUUAACUGCUCUUGUACAAGAUGGAAUUAGGCCGUGGAAUUAAGGUUGUAUUUAGUAUAUCCAUUUUUGCUUUUCACCAACCAACGAUGGGGAUAUGGUACCAUUUCUGCUUUCAUUAUUUUGUGCAUAGUUUUGAAGCCAAUUUUUUUAUCACACAAAUGACAGAAACGGCAACAUUGAAUUCGUUAGAGAACUACA